AUGGCCUCAUCUCCAGAUGACAUCGCAGUCUCGCUGGCUGCAUAUCGCUCAUUCAUCUCAACGCAGAACCGCCGCGCUCUCGAUAUUUACGUACCAUUCAUUGCCACCGCGGUACCUGACGAUGUAGAAGAUGAUGAGGACGUCGAAGAACUCCGCCUGGACGGCCUUAACACGCUUCUUGACACCACCAUCAAAGACUUUGGCGUUUCAGAGCCCAGCGAGAUUCUUACACGUUUCGAUGAGCUGGCGCCGAGGAUUGGCCUCGACGGUACCUACGUGAUGCAAGAGCACGAAGGCACCUCUGAGGAGCGUGACGCUAUUCGUCGCGAGUACCUCUCCGUCAUUGAAGAGAGUCUGAAGCGAAAGUCUAGAGAAGACGUGCGAGAAACCAUUUCGAUUCCCGAGGACUUUCGCGUGCUGGCCAGGCUCGUUGACGGUAUUGUGGGCUAUGGGCUGCCCGUCUUUCGGAACCGGGCCCACCCGGCCUUUUGGUGGGGUUGCCGAGAUGAUCUAUGCCCGCACGCCGACAGGGUGAUGACACCUGAGGACCUGACGCAGCACGCGGGCCUCCCAGAGUGCUGGCAAAUCGCGGGAGGGUGGGCGCCUGGCACAGGGCCUGAUGCCAACUUCAGCAUUGUGUAUAGCCGCGAGUCUGACGAAGAUCCUUGGAAGUGGAGGUACACUCUUUCCACGCUGGAUCACGGCUUACACAUCUUUGAGACGAUUCCAGAGUUUCUCGCCUGGUACGCGCAUUUCAGGCAGUCCGACGAAGUUCCCGGGCCUGACGAGCUGGACGCCAAUAGUCUCCUUUUCGGCGAAAUCUAG